GACAGCAUCACCAUGAGAUUCUUCCAUCCUCUGUGUCUUCUGUUGCUGCUUCUGGCAGCACUGCUCGUCACCAGCGCGGAGAAAAAAGAUUUUUUGAACAUCAGGCGGAAAUAUCGCAGACAUUGCCCGAAAAAGCGGUGUCUACCUCUUCACUCCAGAGUACCAUUCCCUUGAGUUAAACGGGAGGUCAAACUGAAGAGAAACCUCAACACAACCAUGUUAAAACAUCUAUCAGGUGCUUUGGACAUCAAGAGCCAAACAGCUGGAUUACCAAAGACGG